AUGCCCCGCAAGGCUAAGACUGCCCCGCCGCCGGCCAUGACCCGCCAGCAGAUGUACAACACGCUUGGCAUCUCGAACAGUCCAGAAGAUCAAGCCCACACUCGCGAGUUUCUGAACGAACUCAUGAUCGAGUUGGAUAUCCAGUCUUUCAACCCUGCCAAGAAUCGAGACGACUUCAAAGCCGCAUUGAUCGGAGAUAUCACUGCCCCGGAUGGUAAACUUUGUCCUUCUAUUCGGACUGCCUACGCCAGCAAAUCGGAUGAGUGUCUCCACGCGCUGUACAAACUUGCUCAACUGGUUAAGAAGUCCUGGGUUGAUUACAACAAGAACCAUCCUACGCCUCCCCCACAAGACGACUCCGACUCCGACUUCGACUUCGACUGGGCACUUGCACUUGCUCAAGCUACGACCCAGGCUGCCAACCCUGGUGCUACCCCUGCUGCUACUGACACAACCACUACCGCGGCAGCAGCAGGGGCAGCAGCAAAUGUCCAACCCCCCGCCGGCCCAGACAACCAGGAGAGAAACUGGAUCCCAGAUCUGCAGUUCUACCUCCGGGAAGUCAACACCGACCCGGCGCUUCCACACGCUGAGUUCAACCUCAGCAACCUCCUCUCCAACCCUGCAGGACAGACAGCAAACCUCCUGCACACGGCCUGGGUUGACGGUGCCGGACUGCAGUUUGUCCGGUUCGUUGACGCCCUCAGCCAGGGGCUCGGUGGGAUCACCUUGUCCGAUCUCACCGGGAGGGACCUCUGGCUGCGUGUCGUUCAUCCGACCACCCAGGCUGCUUUCGAGCUGGUGAUUGGUUCGGAUGACGGGGAGUUGGGGAGGAUGGAGGAAGCGUUUGGUACGAUCAUGGAGGAGGCCAUGACGUACUCGUGGUACGGUGUGCUUCCGUUGUCUGGUGCCUCGGGGGCGUACGAGCUCAUGCGGGCCAUCUUCCUGGCGGAGUGA